AUGACGACUGGAAAAAUUCAGUUACUUACGAGUAACCCUAACAAGUUGGCUGAUAUCAGAGCGAUUUUGUCUCCUGCUGGCAUUUUCAUUGAAAGCCGAACGGUUGAUUUGGUAGAAAUCCAAGGCACCAUCGAGGAAAUUAGCAUCGCUAAAUGCAAGGCAGCAGCGAAAAUAGCAGGGGGUCCUGUUAUCAUUGACGAUACGGCGCUGUGUUUCAACGCUAUGAACAAUCUGCCUGGUCCUUAUAUCAAAUCGUUUCUUGAAGCCUUGGGUCCGGAGAAGCUCCAUCUAAUGUUGGCAGGGUUUUCCGACAAAGGUGCCGAGGCAAUUGCAACAGUCGCCUACUGUGAGGGGCCUGGUCACGAUCCUGUUCUAUUCCAGGGGCGAAUUAGCGGCGUGAUCGUUCCUGCGCGUGGCAAGCUAGAAUACGGAUGGCAAUCGUGUUUUGAGUAUGCAGAGUCGGGCACGACGCUCGCAGAGAUGACGGACAGCAAGAAACAUGAAAUCUCGCACCUUGGCAAAGCUCUCCAAAAGUUUAUAGCUUGGUCCACGCGCUAA